AUGUCGCUAACGAAUUAUUAUUCCAUGAUGGGGCUCCAGACUGAGGAGCCGUACGGUGCGCAUUUCAUCCCGGGAGGCUUGCAGGGUUCUUCGGCCGGCUGCGGAAAGCCAGCCCGGAGAGGAGCGGAGGAGGAGGAGGAGGAGGGGACCCCCAUCCCGGAUUUUUCACAUUUUUCCAACAAACAGACGGGCUUAAAUGGCUUUUCUCCCUGGGCCAACACCUCCACUUCCUCUGCGCCUUCUUCCCCGCAGCUGCAGCCCAAUCCGGGCCUUUUUCAUCCACAUCCACACCUCCUGAGCCACCACCAUCACCACCACCACCACCCGUGGACGCAGCAGAAUCACGCCGAGCACCUCGCAUCAUCGGCGGCUUCAGAGAGCAGGUUCGUCCGCUGUUGGGAGGGUUCGACCCCGGCUUUGGAGACCCCUUUGUCCCAUGCAUCUGAUGGGUUUUCCGGGUGUGUCCCCGCUCAGGGUGACCUCUCCGAUCCAACACCGACGUAUGCGGCGGUUAAACCGGAGAGUUCACUUCCGUCCGACAGCCCCGAGGAAUCCAGCUUCAACAGCCCGGCUGAGGUGGUCCUAGAGCGGCUUGGCACCGUGGAGGAGCUCGGUAAGAAGACGGAGCCCAAGAAAGAGAACGAGGAGAAGAAAAAAAAUCCUAUGAUAGACCCGGAUAAUCCUGCCGCAAGCUGGAUCUACGCCAAGUCCACCCGGAAGAAGAGGUGUCCGUACAGCAAGUACCAGACCCUGGAGCUGGAGAAGGAGUUCCUGUACAACAUGUACCUGACCCGGGACCGGCGGCUGGAGGUGGCCGCGCUGCUGAACCUGACCGAGAGACAGGUGAAGAUCUGGUUCCAGAACAGGAGGAUGAAGAUGAAGAAGCUGAUGAUCCGGGAGAGGAGGGGUCCUAAUGAGUGACGGGAUGCACAGUUUUUGAGAUGUUUUUUGUCCAGGAUAGAUGAUGAUGAAAAGAGACGCAGUGCUCCAAGAUGACGAUCUGUAGCAGGAGCUAGAAAACUAACAUGGCCGAGGUGGAAAAG